UCUCCUGCAGGACGUGCUCGUCAGAUGGAGGAGGAUGCAGGGCUGGAGUGUCCUGUGGGUCCCUGGCACCGACCACGCCGGCAUCGCCACCCAGGCCGUCGUGGAGCGCUGGUUGUGGCUCCAGCGGGGGCUGCGCCGGCAGGACCUGAGCCGGGAGCAGUUCCUGGAUGAGGUUUGGGCCUGGAAACGCCGCCACGGGGACGAGAUCCUGGAGCAGCUCCGGGCUCUGGGGGCCUCCCUGGACUGGAGCCGCUGUGCCUUCACCAUGGACCCCGGCUUCUCCCGGGCCGUGUCCGAGGCCUUCGUGCGCCUGUUCCGCUCGGGGCUGAUCCGCAGGGAGCGGAGACUCGUCAGCUGGAGCUGCGCCCUGCGCUCCGCCGUGGCCGACAUCGAGGUGGAGCCGCGGGUGCUGACGGGUCCCACCGUGCUGAGUGUCCCUGGCUGUUCCCAGCCCGUCACCUUCGGCCUCCUCGUCACCUUCACCUACCCCGUGGAGGGGGAUGACGGGCUGGAGGUGCCGGUGGCCACCACCCGGCCCGAGACCCUGUUUGGGGACGUGGCCGUGGCCGUUCACCCGCGGGACCCCCGAUACGCGCACCUCCACGGGCGCCGCCUCCGCCACCCCUUUACUGGGAGGGUCCUGCCCCUCGUCACCGACCCCAGCGUGGACCCCAACAUGGGCACCGGGGCAGUGAAGGUGACCCCAGGGCACAGUGCCCAGGACCUGGCCCUGGCCCGGGCCCAGGGGCUGCCCCUGCUCUCCGUCAUCGCUGACGACGGCACCCUCUGCCCCCCGGGGGGGGGGUGGCUGCAGGGUGUUCCCCGGUUCGAGGCUCGCCCUCAGGUGGUGGCAGCUCUGGCCCAGCGGGGGCUGUUCCGGGGGGUCCAGGACCACGCCAUGACCCUCCCCCUCUGCAGCCGCUCUGGGGACGUGGUGGAGCAGCUGCUGAAGCCGCAGUGGUUCCUGAGCUGUGGGGAGAUGGCCCAGAAGGCCCUGCAGGCAGUGACAUCAGGGAGGCUCCAGUUGGUCCCCAAAUUCCACGAGAAGAACUGGAAGACCUGGAUGGAGAAUGUGGGGGACUGGUGCCUGUCCCGGCAGCUCUGGUGGGGCCACCAAAUCCCGGCCUACCAAGCGCUGGGGGAGCCCCCCGGGGGUCCUGGCGGGCCCUGGGACCCCCCUGAAGGUGAAGGUGAGGGGGGGUCCCCCGGGGAGCCCCCCCAGGAGGGUCCCUGGUUCGUGGGGUGCAGCGAGGACGAGGCUCGAGCGGCGGCGGCCGAGGCGCUGCAGAGACCCCCCGAGAGCAUCGUCCUGAGGAGGGACCCCGAUGUCCUGGACACCUGGUUCUCCUCCGCCCUCUUCCCCUUCGCUGCCCUGGGCUGGCCCCAACAGACCCCCGACCUGCGGCGCUUCUUCCCCUCCUCGGUGCUGGUGACGGGCAGUGACCUCCUCUUCUUCUGGGUGGCCCGGAUGGCCAUGCUGGGCCAGCAGCUCACCGGCCACCUGCCCUUCCAGCAGGUGCUGCUGCACUCGCUGGUCCGCGAUUCCCGGGGUCGGAAAAUGAGCAAAUCCCUCGGGAACGUCAUCGACCCCCGUGACAUCAUCAGGGGGGCCACACUCCAGGAGCUGCAGGAGAAGCUGCGGAGCCGCGUCCUCGACCCCCCCGAGCUCCGAGCGGCCACCGAGGGGCAGAGGCUGCAGUUCCCACAGGGAAUCCCCGCCUGCGGCGCCGACGCCCUUCGCUUGGCCCUGCUGUCCCAGAACUGCCACGGAGCCGAAAUCCGGGUGGACGUGGGGGAGGUGCUGAGUCAGCGCCGCUUCUGCAACAAGGUGGUCCCAGGGGGUCCCAUGGAGCGCUGGGUGCUUUCCCGCCUGGCUGGGGCCGUCUCCGAGUGCUGUGACCGCUUGGAUUCCCUGGAAUUCCACGGGGCCCUGGCGGCCGUGCAGCACUUCUGGCUCCGCAGCUUCUGCGACGUCUUCCUG